UUUCCCGACCUGAAAAGGCGCCGUCUUCCUGGGUCGCGAGCACUCUGUGCCGGAGGACUCGGCUCUUCUCUGCAAGGAGAGCACUCGGGAGGGAAUGGCUGCUGUGUCUCCAACUGCCAGAUUCCAGGACGCAGUGACAUUCGAGGACGUGGCGGUGGUUUUCACAGAUGAAGAGUGGAGGUGUCUGGUCCCUGCUCAGAGGGACCUCUACAAGGAGGUGAUGCUGGAGAACUAUAAGAGCAUUGUCUCGUUGGGACUUCCAGUUCCUGGACCUGAUGUGAUUUUUCAGUUGAAGAGAGGGGAUGAGCCUUGGAUAGUGGAGCUUCAUGGAUCUGAGGGGAAAGAAUGUGCAGAGAAUGUCUCUCAAGACUGGGAGACUAAGCCUGAGAUUCAAGGUGCUUCAGAAGAAGAAAAAUCAGAAAGAACAUUGAGGGAAAAGCUUGGAAUGAAAGGUCCUUCAUCUCCUAAAUUUGAAGUUCAUGUGGUGGAUGGUGGGUUAGGAACAGAGAAGGAAAGCCCUGCAGUGGAGGCCUGCAAGCAAUCCCUUUCUCAGGAGGAAAGGUUGCAGCAUGGGGCAACCCCUCCCAAGAAAAUUCUCAUUAAAGAGAGAGACCAGGAAUGCAGUGACUGUGGGAAGACCUUUUUUGACCACUCCUCCCUUAUUCGCCAUCAGAGGACUCACACUGGAGAGAAGCCCUAUGACUGUCCUGAGUGCGGGAAAGCCUUCAGUCACAGGAGCAGUCUCAGUAGACAUCUGAUGUCGCACACUGGGGAGAGCCCCUACGAGUGCAAUGCCUGUGGGAAAGCCUUUUUCGACCGUUCAUCCCUAACUGUACAUCAGCGAAUUCAUACUGGAGAGAAGCCCUUUAAAUGCAAUGAGUGUGGAAAAGCCUUCUUUGACCGCUCGUCCCUUACUCGACACCAGAGAAUUCAUACUGGAGAAAGUCCUUAUGAAUGUAAUCAAUGUGGGAAAGCCUUUAGCCAGAAAAGUAUUCUCACUCGACAUCAGCUAAUCCAUACGGGCAGGAAGCCAUAUGAAUGUAACGAGUGUGGCAAAGCCUUCUAUGGUGUCUCAUCACUGAAUAGACAUCAGAAAGCCCAUGCUGGAGAGCCUCGCUAUCAGUGCAGCGAGUGUGGGAAAGCUUUCUUUGACCGCUCCUCCCUUACUCAGCAUCAGAAGAUUCACACCGGAGACAAGCCAUAUGAAUGCAGCGAAUGUGGAAAAGCCUUUAGCCAGAGGUGCCGGCUUACGCGACACCAGAGAGUUCAUACGGGAGAGAAGCCCUUUGAAUGCAGUGUGUGUGGGAAGGUUUUCAGUUCCAAAUCAUCAGUUAUUCAACAUCAAAGGCGUUAUGCCAAACAGGGAAUAGACUGAGUUGAGCAAAAGCUUUAGUUAAAGGACCUCCGUGCAAACUCAAGUUAGGUCUUCCCCAACUUAAACCCAUCUCCCGGUCAUUGCACCUAUUCUGGCUACUACCCUCCUUACCUGCCUCUGUUACCACAGUGUUUGAAGGAACAUUCUCUACCCACUGUGUUAUAGAGCUGAUGUGGGAUGCCAGAAAUUAGGAUGUGACUCUUUAGAGUCAACAUUUUGCAGAGGUUUAUCAGACGAUAGGGACAAACGUUAGGAGGCGAUCCUCAGACACACCUCUCGUCCUAGUCCCCAGGUAUCACUACACUUUAAAUAACUGGAGGCCACAGCAGGAGGGGAAGGCACACUAAUGUCAGAGCAAUACUGUUGUUUCCAGAACAGUUCUUUAUAGCCGUUAGUCCCUCUCUCUUGGAGAUUCUUUGGGCACUGACCUUGUUCUGUUGUGUCCCAGCUUCUAGAUCUCUUAAUACUACUACUAGUAGCUAGCACUUAUUGAGCGCUUAUUAUGGGGCAAGCACUCAGCUGAGAGUUUUGCAAGGAGUAGAUUAUUUGCUCCUCUCACUAACCCUCUGAAGUAGGUACUGUUACUACCCACAUAUUACAGAUGAGCAAAAUGAAGUUUAGAGGGGUUAAAUAACUUGCCCAAUAUGACAGCUAGUAAAAGGUGAAGCCAGGUCUUGAAUACAGGUCUCCCUUCAAAGUCUGUUCUCUUUACCAUUAUGCUAUAAGGUUUGUUUUAUAAUUUAUGUACAUGUACUAUUUCCUCAACCAGGUUGUAAGCACUCGGAGUUGUGACUUAUAUGUCUUUGUAUCUCACACAGUGCCUUGCAAAUAAUAGGUGCUCAAUAAAUAGUUAUCUGAAUUAAU